AUUGAAUGAGGUAUCCAUUGACAAAGCAGGAAAUCUGGAAAGAUGUUUUCCUGAGGUUGGGAUAGCUAUUUACUAUUGCUCCUGCUCAUUCUAAUGAGUUCAGUCUAUCGAGUAAGGUUGUUUUCCUGUUAAUGAGAUCACCCUCAGUUAUUGCUCCUGAUUAUUCUAAUAAGCUCAGGGUGUGGAUUAAGAUGUUCUGCCUACAGUCCAGACGAGGAAGCAAUGGGGAGGUCUACGAAAGACUACCCCUAUUACCAAAAUACGUUGUUAGAGUUCGACAGUAUGGAAAUAACGUAGCAUUAACCAUUGAUGAUAUUGACAGAAGGUUUGAUAAGGUCACGUGGGAAAGAAACGGAGCGAAAAUAGAAACCAACAACCAGAAAUUUCACAUCAUCGUGGAUCUGCCAAACGUUGUCUCAUUGGUAAUUCAUGAUGUCACAGUCAAUGACAGCGCCACCUAUCAGUGCAUAUUGAAGUCUGGAAAAUUUUGUCCAAUCAAAUUAGUUGGACCUGCAUUCCAGGUAAGGACAGAAUUAACAAGAGCACAAAUUCGAUCACGGUUGACACAUCAACCCAUCCUUUCAACGAAUUGGCGAAGUCGGAACUCGUCAAAUAUGACAUUAUUAGCAGAGUUAAAACAACAAAAAAUAUCAAUAAAGAUCCUCUCUGUCAGACCACAGAAACAGCCAUCACCAGAACUCUACACUACGGCGUCCUCUUAAGUAAGAACUCCAGGCUUCGCUGGAAGGCCCUUAAAGGUAUGUCCGUAAUCAACGAUAUUUAUCAGCGAUUCCAUAACACGACAAUACAUACAAGGACGCCCCAGGAAUUCCGGAAAAAGUGCAAGGCAUUAUCAACACUCAAGUGUUCCGAACGUCACGUGACUUUUGCCUCUGAUGACGUAGAGUUCGCAACUCUUUGGACAUUCUUACAGCAUGGUAGCAUUACAAGCAAGAUGGAGGCGUUGUUUGAGAGUAGAAAUUUAAUGAUUGUGAGGAGAUACUUCAGGAGCGACAGGUAUACCCCGGAGGAGAACGAGAAGUGUGUCUGUUUACCGAGGAUUUAUCGUGAAACACUGAAAUCUAAAGCUGUAGAAUUCAGAACAUGUCACAAUAAACCACGACUUGGCUGAAAAUUACUCUCUGUUUUAAGAAAAAAGACCAAA